AGUACAUACAGUAGGUACAGACGUUUCCGGCGCGGGCGGCUUUGCGGUCGCUUGUUCGCUUCCUGCUUCCAUGCUAUGGCAGCGCUCGAUUGCCUGGUCCCUUCCUCUAGUCCGACCUGCUAUUCCUUGGGUUCCCUCCGUCGUUUCUGAGCUAGGAAGGAUGGACCCGCUCAGAUAUCUCCCGAAACAGCCAUCCAUAGGUAGGUGCCUGUGGCAAUCUGCCAUCUCCACUAAAACAGGCUUUCCUACCUGUAGAUUCGAGACGCUGGAUCCGAUACCCGGACGAGGACCAGGCAACCGACAACAAGUCUGGCGGUUAUAUAAGUCCCAUCUGUCCUCAUAGCCAGAGCCGAUAUUGCUUUCCAGCAUCUGCUCUCGAUUCCCCUUCAAUUGGGCCUAGAGACAUUGCAGUUCAUUCUAACAUCACACCUCAAUCAUGUCGACCAAGCCCAUAUUUGUGGCUACCCAUCCACGGGCAUGCUCGACCGCUUUCGAGCGUGUCUUCAUGACCCGGGGAGACAUCCUCCACUGCGUUCAUGAGCCGUUUGGGGACGCCUUUUACUUUGGUCCAGAGCGACUCAGUGAGCGGUACGAGCAGGACGAGGCGGCACGUAAGAAGAGUGGCUUCUCUGAGGUCACGUACAAGGACGUGAUGGAUCGGCUGUUGAAUCCUACUGAUAACAAGGGAAAACGACUCUUCAUCAAAGACAUAGCCCACUAUCUCGUCCCGCCGGACGGCAAGCCCGCCAGCAUCGCCCCGUCCCUCGCCGAAACGACGACAUCAAGAUUCCCCAACGGCACCCCGGCACGCCAAUAUCAACAACGUGAAAACGCCAACAACAACCCGACAGUCAUCCCCAUCCCCCUACUCCGCAAGUUCCACUUCGCCUUUCUCAUCCGCCACCCUCGCCGCUCCAUCCCCUCGUACUACCGCUGCACCGUGCCGCCAUUGUCGAACAAGACGGGCUUCCACAACUUCAUGCCGAGCGAGGCCGGGUACGAAGAGCUCCGGCGGCUGUUUGACGUGCUCCUUCGGGAGGGUAUCAUCGGUAGUGGUGUUGGAAGUAACGGGAAGGUGAACGGCGCAACAACAGCCGGGGUGAACGGAGACGGAGGGGGAGGAGCAGCUGGGAGUAACGGGGUAGCGGACAAAGUAGGCAUAACCGUGGUUGACGCCGACGACCUGCUGGACAAGCCGGCCGAGGUGAUCAAAGCCUUCUGCGAGGCCGUGGGCAUCGACUACCGCCCGGAAAUGCUCAAGUGGGGGAACGACCCGGACGACCAGCGGUCGGUCGAAGAGGCGUUUGCCAAGUGGGAUGGCUUUCACGAUGACGCCAUCACAAGCACAGAGUUGAAGGCUCGGGUGCAUGGGAAGAAGACGCCUACGAAGGAGCAAGAGGACGAGGAGUGGCGGCAAAAGUAUGGGGAGGAAGGGCAAAGGAUUAUCAGGGAGUGCGUGGAUGCCAAUGUUCCCCAUUAUGAGUAUCUGAAGCAGUUCGCCAUCAGGGUGUGAUAUGGGGUUAAACUGCACGGUUGGGUAGCGUCUCGUUAUGCAGUUCUAUCCAGCGUUACAAUAUAAUUACAUUGCUUGGCAGCAGUGC